CCUAGCGGCCCAAUGUCAUUUCCUGUUGAGCGUAACGCUUCCGGGUCGCGGUCCGGGGCUUGUGUCUGGGUGACUUCUCAGCGUGGUCCGCGGUGCCUGUGUCUGGAGUCCUCCGCUGGCCUCUGCCCCGGGUCGUGCUCGCCGCGCUGCCGCCUCCAUCGUGAGGAGGAAUUAUGAAUGGGAGGGCUGAUUUCCGAGAGCCGAAUGCAGAAGUUCGAAGACCAAUUCCCCACAUAGGGGCUGAUUACAUUCCGACAGAGGAAGAGCGGAGAGUCUUCGCAGAGUGCAAUGAAGAAAGCUUCUGGUUCAGAUCUGUGCCUUUGGCUGCCACAAGUAUGUUGAUUACUCAAGGAUUAAUUAGUAAAGGAAUCCUGUCAAGUCAUCCAAAGUAUGGCUCCAUUCCUAAACUUAUAUUUGCAUGUAUCAUGGGAUACUUUGCUGGAAAGCUUUCUUACGUGAAAACUUGCCAAGAAAAGUUCAAGAAUCUUGAAAACUCCCCCCUUGGAGAAGCUCUUCGGUCAGGCCAAGCAAGGCGCUCUUCCCCACCUGGGCACUAUGCUCAAAAGUCAAAAUAUGACUCAAAUGUGAGUGGUCAGUCUUCUUUUGUGACAUCUCCAGCAGCAGACAACAUAGACAAGGAGACACUUCCUCGUUAUGAGCCAAUUCCAUUUAGUGCUUCUAUGAAUGAAUCCACUCCCACUGGUAUUACUGACCAUAUUGCCCAAGGACCUGAUCCCAACUUUGAAGAAAGUCCCAAAAGAAAAAGUAUUACAUAUGAGGAAUUAAGGAGUAAGAACAGAGAGUCAUAUGAAGUAACUUUAACACACAAGACUGACCCCUCAGUCAGGCCUAUGCAGGAAAGAGUGCCCAAAAAAGAAGUCAAAGUAAACAAAUAUGGAGAUACUUGGGAUGAAUGAGAAACUCCGUCAUUGAACCUACUGAAGGCUUUCCAUAUCCGGCUUCAUCCAGGUGGUCGCCCACACCUGCAUGCUUGGACUCAGCAGCAGUCUUCAUAAACACAUUUAAAACAAACCCUGGUUUGUGUGACUUAACAUAUGAUGCUUUACAAACACAGAUUUUAGUGUUUACUGUUGUGCAAAUGUACUGACCCAGGACACUCAGAAUGAUGAUAUUAUGCCAUGGUUGUGUAUACUUGGUAGAACUGUUUUUGGUUACAGGGAGAGAGACUCAUGAAACUUGACUGUGACUCUAGAUGAACCUACGUGAGAAUAAGUGAUAGUGCAUGUUGAAAGGGGAGGGGGUUGGGGGGAGCAAGCCCAUGCCUCGGGUUCAGCUUUACACCAGUUAUUAAAGGCCUUUCUUCAGCAUUUGCCCUAGCAUCUUAAUGUUUAUGGUGAAUAAAAUGUAAAAACA